AUGGAAGAUAACGGCGGAUUGGGCAUGAGAAACUGGGGGGGAUACUAUGAACAACCACAGAUGAAGGGGGGGCUUAGUUUGCAGCUCAUGUCAGCCGGAGAAAGGGACCCCAAGCCCAUCCUUCACAAUGGGACUUUCCUCCAGCGUGAUUGUGGGGUCCAGGAACCUCCUGUUCCUAUGGAGUACAUGCGGGAAAGCUGGAUGUACCACCACCACCACCACCACCACCAUCGCGACAAUAACAAGAUGAUCCACGUCCUCCCCAUGAACCCCAACUAUGGCUCUGGCGCUAUGGAUGUCCAUGCCGCUGGCAAUCCCCAUACCCUUCAGAUGUUGGAGCAGCCCGAACCGACAUCAAAAAUUGAGAAGGUCCAGGGACCGAGUGAUCCUGGUAAUGGCAGGAAGGGCACCCCGGCGAAGAAAAAAGCGCAGGAGAAAAAUCCCUACAGGGUGCCCAAGUCGAAGAAGCCGAAGAAUGCUCCUCCACAGAGGGAUGGGGCAAAUAACAUCAAAAAGAACUCUGCAGCUUCUCAGGGGAAAGGGCCGAAGAAGAGCAUGGCUAUGGUCAUAAAUGGUAUGAAUUUGGACAUCUCGCAAAUUCCUACACCUGUAUGCUCCUGUACUGGCACCACACAGCAAUGCUACAGGUGGGGCACUGGCGGGUGGCAGUCGGCAUGCUGCACCACGAACAUCUCAAUGUAUCCGCUGCCGAUGAACACAAAAAGGCGGGGUGCACGGAUAGCCGGGAGGAAGAUGAGUCUAGGUGCAUUUAAGAAGGUAUUAGAGAAGCUUGUAUGCGAAGGACAUGACCUCUCUAAUUCGAUUGACUUGAAGACUCAUUGGGCCAAACACGGGACCAAUAAGUUUGUAACGAUUAAGUGA